GGCACAACUUCCCUCGAGAGAGUUAUUGUUUUUUCUGCGUCUGUGAAUAACAAGUUUAAUCAAAGGGAAAGUAUUCACGGAGUAGGCACAUGUGUAUGAUGCAGAGGGGAGGUAUACGGCGAAUGUCUAAAACUGUAAGCUUUUUGGACUUUGUUGCACUCACGGGAUAAAAGAGUCGUCCGCGACAGAAGAUAGACCUGUGCGACGCUAUGGGAAAUUUGAUGCUGUUGGCCCUGCUGCUGCUUCACCUUCCAACAGGUGUCUGGUCCAUUCAGGUGAUAGUUCCAGAAACAGAGAGGAGAACAACUCUGUUUGGGUCUGUGGUUCUGCGCUGUGACUACAGUACCUCCGCAAACCCUCAGGAUGUUCUCGUAUCCUGGAAGUUCAAGUCCUUCUGCAAAGACCCAGUGCUUGAGUACUACUCCACAGCGUAUCAGGCAGCACUACAGCUUGGUCAGGACCCUUCCAAUGAUUGCCCUGACCGCCAGCGCACUGUCCGCACUGUGAUCCAAAAGAGAGGUUUAAAUGAGCCCAUUUUGGGGGCAGAAUACAGAGAACGAAAAAUAACUAUACGAAACAAGGCUGACCUAGUAAUAACAGAGGUAAUGUGGUGGGAUAAUGGGGUGUAUUUCUGCACUAUUGAUGCGGCUGGAGACACUUCAGGGGACUCUGAUCGUGAAGUCAAACUCAUUGUGUAUCACUGGCUGACAGUGCUGUUCAUCAUUAUCGGUGCAAUCCUGCUGAUCAUGCUUUUCUGCAUCUGCUGCUGCCAGUGCUGCCCUCAAAGGUGCUGCUGUUAUGUGCGCUGCCCAUGCUGUCCAAAAACAUGCUGCUGUCCCGAAAAAGCUGUGAUGCAGCACAGAAUGAUACGAGAAGCUCAAAAGGCCAUGGUUCCCUGGUUGCAGGGACAGCCCAUUUAUGCUCCUAUCAGCUCCAAUGCUUCCACACAGGGGGUCCCAAUAUUAUACUCAGGGUCCUACUCAGAUUACCCAAAAAAACAGAACCUGGCUAUGGCUCCCAUGCCACUUUCACCAAUGGCCCUCCAAAACCAUGCCCCUCCUCCGCCCCUGGUCAAUGGCAGCCUGCAGGGCAGUGUGCAUGGGACCAAUCAGGUGCUGGACUACUUGGAAAACCAGGUCCGAGGACUCGACGUGUCUCCACUGCCUCAGAAUAUGGCACCAUUGCAGUCUCCACCUGGCCCUCCUCCUGUCCCCUACACAUAUGGCCCUCCUCCUGUCCCCUACACACCUGGACCUCCGAGCAUGCUGUCUGCACUAGACGAGAUGGGUGUUAGGGGCAUGGAGAGACGGGUGAUCACUCUGCCUCCUAUUAUCCAGCGCCAGCCCAGCUUUAAUUCCCACAGGGGGGUGGGUGCAGCCGAGGGAGGCCGGGCUGGACCCAGACUUUCCAGUCAGUCCAGUGGGAGCACUAAUCGCUCAGGUGCCCGUGGAUACAGAGACACGUCUACAUCUCACCGUGGGAUUUUAAGGGACUAUAAUGAAGACUCUGACUGGGACAACAGGCGCAGCCGAGCUCCACACAGGAGGGAGGAGAGAGGGGCGUCCUCUGGGCGGAGGAGUGGAGGGUCCAGACCCCGUGCUCGGAGUCGAGAUGACCUGAUGGAGGAGCAGCAGAGUCGAGGGCGGCGGCGUGAGCGGAGCUACUCUCCUCCUCAAAGACACAAAGGGGGGUCCUGGAGCUCAGAAGAGGACAACAGGAGGAGGAAGGGUGGCAAAGAGAAGGACUGGCCCGAAAACCCUCCAAGUUACUUCUCCAUCGAGAUGCAGCCCGGACACAGCAGAAGGAACUAUGACCGUCUCUCUGAUAGAAGCUCCCGUAGCGGCACCAGUGUAGUCAUCUGAAACAUUUCUCUCUUGUUUUUUAUUGUAAACAUUUCAUCAUGUAAUAGUUGUUGAUGUAUUAAUGAAUACUAAUGAAGUUGACUGUAUUUUUUGGCAUUGUUUUUUUUCAUUUUGUGAAUGUAGAUUGUAUUUUUGUUUUGUUUGGAUGAAGUUGAAAACGAAGUAUACAAAUAUGUAAAUAUCUUUCAUUUUGGAAGAACUCUGGCUUGUUAUUUCUAGUAUUU